CAACGAUGAAAACAAGUGUAAACUCAUUCUGUGAAGUAGUGUUUUAAUUAUUGAUUACACGUGCCGAUAAAGAUGAAACUUGACACACAUAAAACUCAGGAAAAUAAGAAUGUGUAGCAAGAUUGCAGUUUGUAUUUCUCCUGCAUUUUUUUUACCCUGAAGUGAGCAGUUAACAGGAUAUUAAUGCUUAAAACACUGUGUAUGUAAACAAAUUCGGCACGGUAACGCAUUCUCAAACAGAACUACAUGUUUCAUAUUUGUGAGGAAAGAUCAGACUGAACAAAAAUGCAGCAGCCGUUUAGUAACUCAGAAGCUGUGAAGAUGUGCAUGGUGGGGCCUGAUGCCCCUCUUAGCAGCCACAUAAAAUAUGGCCCUAAACCCCCCUAUGCUGUAGGAAAGCCCAGAGAAAGGCCAUACUCAGCUCCAGCAAGGCGAAUUACAAAUGGUAAUUUUUCUGAUCCCUGGAGAGGUCCAAGUUAUCAAGAACCGAGAGUGGCCAUGCCAAGGAGUUACCAGAAAGUUAUAAACCGACCAACAGAGGAGAGACCAUCUUAUAUGUCCAGGAGAAUAGAGUCGGUGUACAGUCGGAAUGGUGACGUCAGGUCCAGCAUUCCCCUCCCCCCGUACCAUGCCAUGAACGACCCACAUCUUUAUGAAUACUUUGAAAGAAGAUUUGGGCAAAUUCAAACAGCAGCAAGAAGGAAGCGCCCCAUCUCCGCUCCUUCCGUUGCCUCCUCCACAACUAGAGGUAAAAAGAAACGCACCGAAGAUGAUGUACUGUAUAAGAUUGCCAUUAUCACAGCUGACAAAAAGGAUGCCGGCACAGAUGCUAAGGUUUUCCUCACAGUGAAAGGACUGAGGGGUAAAAUUCCAAAAACAAGACUUACAAAAAAAGCAGGAUCAGUGAGAAAGAACAGUAAAGUGGCUUUCCGGUUCUCUAAAGGCAGCACACAUUUGUUCAAGAUUCGUGGACCGGAAAUUGGAGACAUAAAAUCUAUCAUCAUUGAGACUGAUGGUAUACAAAAGGAGCAAGCCUGGUUCUUACAGGAAGUAGAAAUCACCAAUGUAAAGAGGAAGAAAAGCUGGUCAUUUGUCUGCAACAAUUGGCUGUCUUUACAUCAUGGGGAUCAACAAACAACCAGAGAAUUGUUCCCAAAUAUCUCGUCAAAAACAGAUUAUGAAAUUGUAACAGUGACAGGAGACAAAAAUGGAGCAUCAACAAGUGCCAAUGUGUAUGUUACUAUUGAAGGUCGAACAGGUGUCACCCCCAAACUCCAUCUCAAAGAUUUCACUCGCACAAACUUCAGACAAAACUCUAGUGAUACCUUUAAGAUCAGAACCAACUGUGUGGGGCCCAUGAAGAAAAUUAAAGUGGAACAUGACAAUACUGGACUUGGUGCUGGAUGGUAUCUAGAAAGGGUUGUCAUUACUGAUCUGAACCACCCCAAAUGGAAGUACUAUUUUCCCUGUGGAAUGUGGCUGGCCAGAGAUGAAGGUGAUGGGGCUAUUUCCAGGUACCUAAUUGGCAGCAAAGAUCCAUUUGCUAUCAGAAAAGAUAGCAAAUACAAAGUGACAGUAUACACAGGCGACAAGAAAGGGGCAGGAACUGACGCCAAUGUCAUUCUCAGCAUCUUUGGAGAAAAUGGGGAAUCUGGAGAACAAAAGCUGGACAAUUCCAAAAACAAUUUUGAGAGAAACUGCAAAGAUGAAUUUUUGGUCAAGUGCCCAUGCCUUGGUCGAAUUAACAGGAUACGCAUUGGACACGACAACACUGGCUUUGGACCAGGCUGGUACCUUGACAAGGUAAUCAUUGAUGACUGUGACAACAACAUAGUGUACGAGUUUCCAUGUGGUCGAUGGUUCGCGGAUGAUGAAGAUGACGGUGCUCUUUUCCGGGACCUCUUGCCGGGAGUGGGUGUUGCCAGCUCCUAUGGAGGUGUGCCAUACGUGAUCACUGUAAUGACUGGGGACAAGAAAAAUGCAGGGACAAAUGCCCGAGUCUUUAUCAUGAUGAAGGGCGGACCUAACAAGGAGUCGAGCGGCAAGAUCUGGCUGGAGAAUGGCAGUUUUGAGAGAGACCGAUCCGAGAUCUUCAACAUCAACCUCCAGGCGCUGCUGAGUCCUGUACAGAGUCUGGAGGUUGGGCAUGAUAACAGUGGGGUGGGGGCGGGGUGGUUCCUGGAACAGAUCAUUGUGUUCUGCCCCACGACCGGCAUUGAGCAGGUGUUCCCCUGUAAACAGUGGCUGGCCUUGGACAGCGAGGAUGGACAGAUCCAGAGGACACUCUACGAACAAAAGGCCAUGCGACAAAAGAAGGAGAAAAGAACUCACUGGCAUUUAUGGGUCAAGACGAGUAACGAAAGUCUGUCCGGCACGGAUGCUAAAGUGUUUGUCUGUCUGUACGGAACGAAGGGAAAAACCGACGAAGUGGAACUUGAUAACAAGAGUGAUGUGUUUGAGCAAGGUAACACUGAUGAAUUUGAUAUUCAUGUGUCGGACGUCGGAAAGCCUUACAAGCUGCGGGUCUUCCACGAUGACACUAGUUUAAUGUCAGGAUGGAAGCUGGACAAGAAAUUACCAAGAGAAAUUGAAAUGGAAAAUGUGACAACCAAAGAAAAGUACACAUUUAAGUGUGGCCGGUGGCUGGCCGUGGAUGAAGAUGACCAUUCCACGGUCAGGGAGAUGCCGGCUGAGGGACCCCUCGUCAAGAAACCACUAGCCUUGGUGAAAUACACAGUUGAGGUUUACACAGGGAAGAAAUCGAGUGCUGGAACAGAUGCAAAUGUGUUUCUGUGUAUAUUUGGAGAGUUGGGAGACACAGGCAGACGUCACCUGACUAAUUCAUCCACCAACAUCAACAAGUUCGAAAAAGGACAGUGUGAUGUGUUUGAAAUUGAGGCUGUGACCUUGGAGAAGAUAAAAAAGAUAGAGAUAGGUCAUGACGGCAAAGGGAUCGGAGCGGGGUGGUAUCUAGAAAAAGUUGUCAUCAAACAUCCGGACAAACCUAAAUACAAUGUCAACAUAGAUUGCAAUUCGUGGCUGGCAUCGGAUGAAGAAUCAGGACAUAUUGUAAAAGAGUUCUCUGUGUCAGGGUCUCAGUUACUUGCUAAAACCACAUACAAUGUGUACGUGAAGACGGGAGAUGUGUCCAAAGCUGGCACUGAUGCCAACGUUCACCUCAAGAUAUUUGGGGAGAAGGGCGACACAGGUUUAUUGAAGCUAGAAAAUGCGGAGUCCACUUCCAACAAGUUUGAGAGAAACAGAACAGAUCACUUUAUUCUUCAUGCUGAAGAUAUCGGCAAGAUCAAGAGAAUCCGAAUAGGACACGAUGGAGCCAAUUUUGGCUCGGGUUGGUUUUUGGAUGAGGUACGGAUUGAUAUUCCAUCCAUCGGUGAGCAGUACGUGUUUGCCUGUCAUCGCUGGUUAGACAAAAGCGAAGAAGAUGGUGAAAUAGAAAUAGAACUGGAACCCUCUUUUAAAGAGGAAAGAGAAAAAAAAAUUCCUUAUGAGGUGACAGUUUGGACAAGUGACAUAUCAAAAGCCGGAACUGAUGCCAAUGUCUUCAUCCAGAUGUAUGGUACGGAGGGAAAAACAGACGAGAUAGUGCUCAACAACAGGUCCGAUAACUUUGAACGAGGCAUGAAAGAAAAGUUCAAGCUUGAGCAAAAAGAUAUUGGUGAUUUACUAAAGAUCAGAAUAGGACAUGACGGAAAAGGCUUUGGAGCUGGAUGGCACUUGGAAAAGUUGUUAAUCCAAAGAAGGCCUAAAGCAGGAACUAAAAAGAAGUCAAAGACAGGUAAGACGCCCAAGGUGGACGCUGCCCAGGAGAGGAGACAGUCGCUGAUUCAGCAGAAUGACGACCAGGAUUCAGACAGCAGUUCUUCCUCCCAAACCCCACGACGCAAGAGGAGCCUCAGGAGGAAGUCGGAUCUGAAAACGGUGCAGGAGGAGGAUGAAGUCUACGAUGGAGAGGAGACCAUUGACUACUGGUUCUAUGUCAACAGAUGGUUUGCCAGCGACGAAGAUGACAAACAAAUCAUCCGCGAGCUUAUUCCUACUGACAAAGACGGAAAACCUCUCAGAAAAGCACUUGAUGAUGUUGAGUACAUUGUCCGUGUGUACACUGGUAAAGUAAGCGGGGCAGGCACGGACGCCAAUGUAUUCCUGACCCUGUUUGGCACCUACAAGAACAACCCUGUGGAUUCAGGGGAGAGGCAGCUCAAAACCAGCAGCACCAACAUUAAUAAGUUUGAAUCUGGAAAGGAGGACAUUUUCACAAUAAAGGCCGUGGAACUCGGUAGUUUAACAAAGUGUCGUAUUCGGCAUGACAACUCAGGAUUAGUGGGCGCGGCCUGGUUUUUGGACAGGGUGGAAGUUGAAGAUACCAAGAACAAGAAAACAUACUACUUCCUUUGUCAGCGCUGGUUGGCCAAAAACAAGGACGAUGGACAAAUCUGUAGAGAACUGGUACCCGUGGAUAAAUCUGUGCUCAAGAAACUCGAGCGAGAGGACUCGGCCAGAAUGGAGGUCGCCCUGGAAACCAAAGCUGCUAUGACGACCUACCAUGUCCAUGUGAUCACCGGCACAGAGUUUGGAUCUGGCACGAAUGCCAAUGUGUUUGUCAAGCUUUACGGAGAUAAGGACCAUACAGACAAGAUUCCGCUAAAGUCAUCCCUGACGUAUUCUGACAAGUUUGAGGCAGGACAUGAUGAUGAGUUUGUGUUAGAAGUUGUGAACAUUGGAGAACUGGAAAAGAUUGUCAUAAGCCAUGAUGACUCUGGGUUCCGCUCCGACUGGUUCUUGGAUAAGGUCAUCAUUGAUUGUCCUUCCCUCGGGAAAUCCUGGACAUUUCCCUGCAACCGGUGGCUGGCCAAGGGAAAAGACGACGGGAAAAUUGAAAGGGAACUGUUUCCUCAGAAUCUGGAAACUGAGGAGUACACUCCAUGCAUUCCAUAUGAAAUUAGAACUUACACCAGUGACAAAUCUGGAGCUGAUACAAGCGCUGAUGUGUACGUCCAGUUGUUUGGUAAAGACAUGCAGUGUACACAGCAAAAGUCCCUGUGUACAAAACAGGAGAGGUCAGGAAAGUUCAAGAAAGGUCAAGUGGAUGUGUUUGUUGUGGAGCUGGAAGAUGUCGGAGAUCUGACCAAGUUAAGAAUUGGUCAUGACAAUGCUGGACUGUUUGCCGGCUGGCAUCUGGAGAAGGUUGAGGUUCGAACCCUCAACAGUGCCUCAGGAAAGGGAUCACGUAGGACAAAAGUAUCUCAGGGAUCUAAACUAUAUGUCUUCCCGUGUAACCGCUGGCUUGCCCGUGACGAAGAUGACAAGGAAAUUGUGCGAGAAUUGUUACCUGAAAAGAUUAUCAAAGAAACCAUCCGUAAAGACGGGGAAGUGGAAAAGAAAGAAGUGAAGGUCAAGGACAAGCUUCAGAUGAAGGUAUACACCGUCAAUGUGAAAACAGGCGACGUCUUCCGAGGAGGAACAGAUGCCAACGUCUUCAUCAACAUUUAUGGAGAAUUUGGCAACACGGGGGAAAGAAAACUAGCCCAUUCUGAGACUCACAUGGACAAAUUUGAAAGAAAUCAUAUUGAUGUUUUCAAGGUGGAGGCAGCUGAUCUAGGAAAAAUCUACAGAGUCAAAAUUUGGCAUGACAACAAAAAUCUAGAUCCAUCUUGGAACUUGGACUAUGUGGAGGUGAUAGAUGUCGCUGAUAGCAACAAGUCGUACAUGUUCCACUGCGAAAGAUGGCUGUCAAAGUCCAAGGAUGACUGCAAGAUCGAGAGGUCACUGUAUGUCAAGGGAUAUGACGGUGAAAUGGGCUCUAGUACAGGGACUCUCAAGUCAACUCGCUUUGGGGGAUCAGUGGCCAGCUUAGAGUCGAGCAUUGAUCCAUUCUCCAAGAGUCCCCGUGUCAAGCGGAAACAACUGAUGCAAGAGGAAGAGAUGGACAAUCUGUCCAGGCUAGAACAAAUUCCUUAUAGUGUUAAGAUCUGGACCGGGGAAGGAGAGGAUAAUGGUACAGAUGCCAAUGUGUGGAUAGUUAUUUUUGGAACCAAGAAGUUACACACAGGGACCCAGUAUCUAGAGUUUGCUCAGAGUGGGGACAAGUUUGAGCCAGGAUCAGUGAAGACCUUCUCAUUUGAUGCACCAGAUGUUAAUGAAGUGAAGAGAAUUAAGCUUGGACAUGAUGGCACCGCCCCUGGUAGUGGUUGGUUUGUUAAACAGGUCAGCGUGGACAUGCCCACUAAAGGCAAGAACUUCCUGUUCUCAUGUGGCCAGUGGCUGGCAAGGGAUAAGAGUGAUGGAAGGACGGAGCGGACAUUCUCAUUGGACGAAGGAAUGAGCUCCAUUACCUCUUAUAGACCAAAGGUUACAUAUGAGUGCACAGUGGUGACCGGUGAUGUGGAUCAUGCGGGGACAGACAUGAAGAUCAUGCUCUCCGCUUCAGGCGAUAAAGGAACCACAACUCCGGUGGAACUUGAAAAAGCCUCUGAUAGAUUUGAAAGAGCCAGGGAGGAUAACAUAAGACUUGAGUUGGAAGAUGUAGGAGCCUUAAAGAAAAUCCGUGUGGAAACAUCGGCCAGUGGAAGCCGCCAGAGCUGGUUCUUAGAAAGGAUUGAUAUGUUCAACACUGCCACUGGUGUGAAGUAUAAAUUUGAGUGCAACCAGUGGUUUGGAAAGAAGAGUGAAGAUAAAAAAUACUGGAGAGACAUUCCAGCCACCAAGCGAGGCAAAGAGGUCAUUUCUAGAACAACGUACAAGAUCUCUGUGAAGACCUCCAAUGUACCUGGGGCUGGCACGGACGCCAAUGUGUACGUCAUUCUUUUCGGCUCAAACGGUGACACUGGAGAACUCCAUCUGAAGAAAUCGGAGACCAACAAGAGUCCGUUUGAAAAUGAUCAGCUGGAUGUGUUUACGCACAAUGACAUGCUGAGUAUUGGGGAGAUGUCAAAGUGCCGGGUGUGGCAUGACAAUAAAGGUUUUGGAGCUGCCUGGCAUUUAGACUACAUAGAAGUGGAGGACAUGUCCAGCAGGAAGAAGUACACGUUCCAUUGCGGGAAAUGGCUGUCCAAAAAGGAGGACGACAAACAGAUUGUAAGGGAGCUGACCUGUGCCACACGACCCCUGACCCCAGGGGGGCAGGAUGAAACUGUUUAUGAAAUUGAGGUGAAGACAGCUGACAAAGAGAAGGCCAGCACUGUACACAAUGGCUGGCUGAUUAUCAAGGGCAAGAAAGGAGAAACCAAAAUGAAGAUGAAGAACAGUGCCAGGGAUAAAAUACUCAGAAGAGGUGACACCAACUCCUUCAGCCAUAGCUGUAAGAACCUGGGCAAGAUACAGAAGGUGAUCGUGGGGGCGUACGAGCGAGAGGACAAGCCUCUUCAGGACCUGGAAGGCAAGGACGCCAUGUGGUACUGUUACCAGGUCUCCGUCACGGACACCAGCACCGGGGACAAGUACGUGUUCCCGUGCAAGGACUGGGUCGAGAUCGGGUCAUCUCCAUUCAAGCGUAGCAUGGGCAAAGAACUGGAGCUUAAGGAUGUGGAGCAGAGCCAGGUGUCUGUUGUGAGAAGUCUUGCCUCUGUGAAGUAUCAGAUUGUAGUCUAUACAGGAGAUGUGUUUGGUGCUGGAACAAAUGCCAAUGUGUACCUAACAAUUUACGGAGCCAAUGGGGACUCAGGAAAGCGAGUUCUGGAGCAGAGCUGGAGGGAUCUCUUCGAGCGAAACCAAAUCGACAAAUUUGAGAUUGAAUGUCUUGAUCUAGGAGAAAUUGAAAAAGUUCGAAUCGAGCAUGACAACAAGAAUUUCCGACCUGCCUGGUUCCUGGAUAAAGUGGAGGUUAUCAACCUGGGAACAAACGAGAAGAAAACUUUCCCAUGUAAGCAGUGGCUUGAUAAAGACCGAGGGGAUGGAGCCAUUUCUAGAGAACUACUUCCUGUUGACUGAGCCAGUUUAGCAGUUACUCCCCCUCUAACAUUUCCAAAUCAUUUGGACUUUUUCCAGCAAUUGUUUGAAAAGACAUUUUGUUAUGAAUGAGCAUGAAUAUCAACUAAUCUACUGACACAAACUGCAUAAAUGUUUGCAGAAGUAUUUAGUAAUGAACAUGAUGAAUGAAACAUUAAUAUACUCAUGAACCAAUUAAAUCAAAAUGGACCUUUUCAUUCCAACGAAAAACCAGGGACGUAUAUAUUUCUCUGGAAAAACCUAUUUAUGGAAUUUUUAGACCUUAGUGAUAGCAAUAUUGAAUGAUAAAUAUUGUUAUAUGAACCAGGAUGUUAUAUAUUUAUAGUUAUAUCGCUGUAUAUUUAAGAGCACAAAGUUUUAUAUGACUUUUUGAAUAUUUUUUUAUGAGUGAAAGGCUGUGCUUAUACUUUUGCGAAUUUUACACGAGAAACAAGAAUAUUUUAUUUGAUUUAAUAUUUUAGAUCAAGUUUGUAUAUUUUACUUUAAUUUUCUAUCCAAUUGUAUUCCGUCUGUCAGAAGGGCAUUCCAUUUGACUGGUUCCCGUCUUUUUUUUUUAAUGCGUAUUACAAUUACUGGUACCCUUGUCCUUCUGUUUUACAUUCCUACCAAGCUGUGAUAAAAUACAUACAGGUAUUGUGGUAUAUGUCUUGUGGAGUCCCUGUUCUGUAGUCUCUGUUUUAGAUACUGUAGCUUCGUUUUAUUGUGAACUUUGACCUGGUUAUGUUUGUGCCUUUAUAUUUGAAAUCUAAUGCCCUAGUUUUCUUCUUGUUACUGCUGGGAAAGAUUUUUUUCAUUGAUGUUUUAUGUGCAUUUCAUUACAUUUUCACUAUUUGUCCUAUAAUGUCCUUGUGAAUGUACCGGUAUGUAUGAUAAAAAGACUGAAAAUUUUUACUCUGUCUUAAUCAAUUGUAUAAUCGCUUGCUGCAUUCUUGCAUCAAAUCAUUUCAAAGCUAUACAAUAAUUGAUAUUCUGACACAAGUCUUGUGGACGGUUAAAUCUGCAUGGAACGAAUUUUCUGCUGUUUACAUAGGAAUGUUCUGUGUUGUUUAAGCAGACCUCAGAAGAUUUAGUACUGUAGAUCUGGCAAUAGAUUUUAAAUCUCUUGAAAACUUAUUUCUAUAUACACUAUAGUUUGGUGUUUGUGCAUGUAUAUAAAUCUUAUAGAUUCUAUGAUUAUGAAUUGUUUAUUUAUUAUCUAGUCAUAUUGUCUACGUAAUUUAUUAGUUACUUAAAUUUGUUUGUGACCAUCAAUAAUACAAUAAUAUAAAUAAUAUUUGCCAGACUUGUAUAUAUAUAUAGAAUAGGAUUAACGAAGGUUAGAAUCCAUGUUUGAACUGAUUAUUAAAUUGCUUUAUCAAUAUUUAUAUGAUAUUUAUGUACAAUAUGCUGUAUAUAAUUGUAGUUUAUGAAAAUGCUUGACGAGACAUUUUAAUGGUGAAAACACUGGUUCAUAUCUUCACGCUGUUCUGUUAACAAGAUUUUAGACUUUAAUGAACUAUCAUUUAUCGCUUAGUGCCAUGGAUGCAGAGUAGUCAAAGAGUCAUGGUGUACUGGUGAAUUCUGAAUAAUAUUCUUACAGAAUAAAAAAUACUUGAAAAUGCA